AUGCCAAGAGCUGUUUUCCAUUCUGCCGUAGCCGGUGGAAUAAAUAAUUCGAAAAUUGUGGUUUAUGGUGGCACCGUAAAUGAUCCUGCUUCUGCUGCUAUGACAAGUUUACUAAUUUAUGAUCCGUCAACUAGUUUAUGGAAUCCUUUAACAAUUCCUUCAACUCCACCAAGACGACAUGAUCAUUCGGCUGCUAUAUUACCAAAUAAUAAUAUGUUGAUUUUUGGUGGUGAAAUUAAUCCCUCAACUGACAUUUUAACUAGUGUUGAUGUUGGUGAGUUAUGGGGAUUUAACACUAUUUCCUUGUCCGAAUGGCAAGGUUUUCCAUACUUGGCUAAUUCUCCUGGAAUAAGAGAUCGCCAUACUGCUAGUGUUAUAGGGAACAAGAUGAUUAUUUUGGGUGGUGUCGAUGAAAAAUCUCUUUUUGUCUCUAUGAGUAAUGUUUAUGUUUUUGACUCUGAAACGGUUAAUUGGUCUUUCUUUAAUGCCACUGGUCAAGUUCCUUCCCCACGAAUUAAUACUACAAUUUUUGGAGACGUUGCAGUUCUUGACACAAAGUAUUGGAAUUGGGUUGCACCUGCUACUAUUAACCCACCUACAGGAAGAACUGGAUCUGCACAACGUCCUGAUAAUCGUAUAUAUUGUUUAAAUUUAGUAAACUGGACAUGGGUAGAUAGAUACGUUCCACAACCUUUUCCUGCUAACCCUCUAGUACCUCCACCACCUUCAACUCUAACUCCAUAUCCAACAUCAACCACUUCAAACUCACCGAUUGUUCAAGUAAUAAGCAUAUCCAAGGAAUUAGCUAUAGGAUUAUUGAUCAAGACAAAUUUAUUCCGUUUAAAUGAUAGUAAUGAUGGUGAUGGUUCAAAUCAUUCUGAUAGUGAUGAACAAUCUGCUCAACCACAAAAUUCUAUCUUUGCUAAUAGGUUACUUGGAAAUACUAGUGAUAAUGAUAUUAGACCUUCGGAUCCUGAAAAUGGAAGACGACGUAGUGUCAAAUUUAGUGAAAAUAAUGUUACUAUACCUGUUGUAUACACAAAAGGUCAUCAUCCUCAAGGAAGUGUUGAAGUUGAACUUGGUAAUACUGAUGAUAUAAAUGGAAGCGAGUCUAGUUUGGACGUUCAAAUGCAACCCCAUGAUGGUGCAUCGGUGGUGUCAAGAAAUGAAUUAAGAGUUGUUAAUCCGGACCCUAAUAAUCAGGAUCUUACUGAUCAAGAAGACAAUUAA